AUGUCGUUCAUAUUCAAUAAGGAAACGUUUGAAGAUAACUCAUUUAAUGAGGAGAUGAGGAAGAAGCUCACAAGAGCACUUAAUGCUGACCAAAAAGAAACAGAGCCUUUAAAUACAGGACCUUUAGCAACUGAACAACCGGGCGGUAGCCGUUCAGCAGCUAGUAGGCGUGGUUCUGCGACUACACAGGAUGCGAAGAGCGGCUUCAGGAAAGUUGACAUACUGAAGUCCGGAAUCACAGUGACUAAUGUUGAGUUCCCAACUAUUCCUAGGCUAGAAAUAUUGGAUUUGGACGUUUCAACACAGGCUAAAUCACUAAUAAAAGGUAUUUGCAAAGUUAGCUGCCGGGAUGCGAUGGUUCAAAUUACGACAGAAAUUGAAGCGAAUUUGCUAUUACUGCACGUAACUAGUUCGCCGAAAUUUGUAAUACCGAAGCUUAUAUCAAAUGACUCUUUCACGGUUCCGAUAACUAUGACUUUUGAUAAGAUUCAUCUUGAAGCCAUUAGCAAUAUUUUUGUGAAGAACACCGGAGUUGGUAUUUCGUUUAACGAUGUAAACUUGGAUUUUCAGUUUCAGUGUUCCAUUAAGUUAUUACAGUCUAGCAUCGAAAAGCGACUCAAGGCAUCUAUGGAGGCAGUAUUUAAGGAUGUAUUGCCCAGUGUGAUCUUCAACAUGUCGCAACGCUGGUUUACCCAUGGAGAUACCAACACACCUGUGUCAGAAAACCCAGAUUAUGACGUAUCGGAUCUUGUGCAUCAACCAAGGACGAUAUUGGAUGAUUCAGAUCUUAGUGACUUAUCUCCAGCCAAUAUGUUGCGGUUGUCAACCUUAGUUUCUUCACGACAGACAUUGUGCUUAAACUCAACCGCUGUAAAUACUAUUUCAACUAUUCCCGGCUGCUUGGAACGCCAAAACUUGCAUCGCUUUAAUUUGCGUAUCCCAUCAUUGAAUAACUAUUAUGGUGAAAAAGAUAAUGAUCUAAAUGACGACAGGGAUAGUACUCCACCUCGCCUUAUGGGGAGGUCAAAAGGUACUCCUUUACCUCGUACACUGUCGACAGUCAAAAAUACUUUACCCAGUCAUGUUCUUAACUCUGAUUUUUAUGACUUGAAAACCAUUGCAGCUAUACAGACUAAGAUAUUUGAGAGAACAGGAGAGAAGGAGACCUCAUUACGGAGACGGAAGAUUCGUAUUAAGAAAAAUAGCAAGCGCGAGGAAUCCCUGCCACUACCACCCCCAAAGAUACCUCAACCAAAGACCACGGUGGAGCAAGAUCCUGUAUUGGCUGAAUCCCCUCAAAUAUCUCCAAAGAGUGCAAAAACGCCUCUGGUUGUUUGCGCUCCCCUGACAGGACACCCUAACAAACUUUAUUUGCAUCUAGCCGCGCUUGAGGAACUUCAUAACAAACAGAAACGAUCUGAGGUUCAAGAACUGCGCUCACCCCUGUAUCCCCAUGUUUGUAACAAAAAAUUUUGCAUCGUUCCUCAGCACUCCUCGGAUACUAAAGAUCCUUCUGCUUUAUUGUUCGACAAUGGCAAGCGCUUUGGUUUCGUAGGACUAAUUAAUAGUAACAGCUGUAGGUGGGGAAAUGACCCCCCUCCACCUUAUCGUGAAACAGUUAAUUCCGAUUAG